CUCACGCUAAAUAUCGGCACACUGACGGGGCGGUUCUCGCUGCAAGUGCACAAUGCGGACGAUGUUGGGGAUGUGAAGCGGCGGAUUCAGGAGUGUGAGGGGAUCCCGAUGCAGAGCCAGAUUUUGUUGUGGGGGGAUAAGGCGUUGGCGGAUGAUGCGAGCCCGAUUGCGGCGUUUGGAAUACAGGAUGGGUCGAGUUUGAGGCUGGUUUUGCAUAUGUCUAGUGGUAUGGUGAUUUGCCGA